AUGUCUGCGGACACUCCCACCAGAGGACACCGACAUACCCGCAGUGCUGCGAUACCUGGUAUAGCAGCCUCGUCGCAAAAUCCAAGAAAUCCUCAUCACCUCAAUCAGCAUGCACAUGCACGCAACUCCCAGUCCGACAUGAACAACAAUGGUUCAGAUCAAGUACUACAACCUGCCACUCCUCCCCGAACUCCUCGAAGAGACAAUCAAGUUUCGUCUCAGAACCCGUCGAACUCUGCAGCUUCUGGGACGGGCUCGAAGCAAAAGUCAAGGAACAAAAACCGCCCAAAGAAUGUGAUGACAUCUCCAGUCACCACAAGGAACGAUCGCAACACCCCACCAUUCGCAGGUGUACAGUCCGCUGGAAUUCCCUCCUCUGCAAAACCCAUGAAUACGCCUUCAGUCGCUGCUUAUGCAGGGCCAACUUUUCACGCUUCACCUGCUCCAUCCGCUUUGCCAAUACCAAGUUUCUACUCAAAGUCGGUCCCGGAGUCUCCGGCCGCCAAAGGACUCAAGUCCCUCAAGGGUGGCCCUCUCGCUACCCCGCCACAUGCUCUCCCAUCAGCGCAGCAGUCUCGGCGGGAGGAAUCUCCUUUAGACCUGUUCUUCAAAGCUGAUAGGGAAGAGAAGGCAAGAGCGCACAGUGCAAAUCAGGCAACGGCUGCAGCUGGACCUUUCCAACCUCCGAUCGGUCCAUCACGCGCAAGCCAGACCCCACCAGCCACUUCAAGCUUGGUCCAACCCCGGCAAGGGAGCUCCAACAGACAAUCUACUGGUGGAAUCUUUGCAAUGGAGUUAGACGGCGAAAGAGAGGCAGGAACGCCUUACGGACCGGCGUUCUCCACGCCUUACUCAGAAAGGAUCAAUGCUGCGCGCAACAAUCAGCAAACUAGGUCCGUGGAUCGAGAGUCUCCCAUCACAAAGAAUUCUUUAGACAAGUCCGAGGCUCUAAAAGCUUAUCUCUUCUCCGGUGCUUCGAUCCUACUUACAACGAAGGAAGAAGACCCCAAUCUCACCUCGGUGGAUUCUUUAGCUCUUAACAGUUAUCAAUCACCUCCUGGCUCACUCAAUGGACCUAGGAGUGCGGGGCUACCACAGCAGACAUACUACAACGGAUAUCAACAAAGCUUCGAUUCGAAGCAUUCAACAAAUACCUCUCGAUUGCCCGGUCGGUCAUCUGGAUUACGCCAAGAAGUGACUCCAACAAAGACGCCUACUAGCACCUUUGAUCGCACUGGCGCUUGUUCAAACUCCCCAACCCCGGCACGCGGAUAUGGCAACGCGCCACUGUCCGGCGCGCCUCAAGUACACAGUAAUAUUCCUCAAAAUCAAGAGGCACCUCCUUUAUUUAACGUUGCAUCUGGAUCUCGGAACUCGGAUCUGCAGGGGAUCGAAGAUAGUCUUCGCAAGAUUUUGAAGUUAGACUCAGCUGGGAGUUCUGGCGUGUCAAUUGCUCCUACUGCUCAACAAGCGACGGUGUCUGUUCCGAAAUACGGCGGCGGCAGGCCCCAGCCCAUGAAUGGAAUGCAUAACGGCGUCACGCGCUCUUAA